AUGACGGUUCCUUGUGAAACUCCAUUUUCUGAAGAGGUCUCACGUGGUUAUUUCCGUGAUGUCAUCCUGGGCAUUGAAUAUUUGCACUACCAAAAGAUUAUUCACCGAGAUGUGAAGCCCUCCAACCUUCUCCUUGCUGAUGAUGGCCACAUUAAGAUUGCAGACUUUGGGGUGAGCAAUGAGUUCAGUGGGGGCGAUGCCUCCCUCACCAGCUCAGCAGGGACUCCAGCUUUCAUGGCGCCAGAGACCUUGAAGGACGACUUGCAGAACUUUCAGGGCAAGGCUUUGGAUAUAUGGGCCAUGGGUGUGACCUUGUUCUGUUUUACUUAUGGGAAAGUGCCUUUUGAAGAAGAAUAUGUUCUAGGACUGCACAAGAAAAUUCUCAAGGACCCUGUUCGAUUUCCAGACAAACCCAUUGUCAGUGAUGAGUUAAAGGAUUUAAUCCUGCGGAUGUUGGAUAAGAACCCUGCGACACGGAUUACAUUACCCAGUAUUAAGGAACAUCCGUGGGUCACAUGUCAAGGUCAGUUUACAUUACCUUCAGAAGAGGUCAACUGUGAGCUGAUUACGGUGACCGAGGAUGACCUUGAGAAUGUUGUCAGACAUGUUCCCAAGAUUGAAACACUGAUCAUGGUGAAAAAAAUCCUGAAACAGAAGUCUUUCCGAAAUCCAUUCAUUGGAGUCAAACUUAGUGCCAGUGUCAAAGAAGAUUUCCAGAAAUCUGGCCGCUCAAAUUCUGCCCCGGAGUCUUUCAACCACAUCAUGAAAAGAAAAGUCUCUUCUGAUGCAAACAUUGAUGAACCCCUCAUGGAGGACAGCUGA